CCUCCAUCUCCUCUUCUCCUACCUUCACCUACACGCUACUUCACUCCUUCUACUCUACCACACUAUCAAGGAUAUGGUAUCACAUACAGGAAAGGACUCUUUACCGAAAUACAAAAUGUUUGAAAAAUUAGUCGCUCCUCAAGCGGAUAAAAGGGAAUACAAAAUAUUAUACUUCAAUAUUCUUACAUUCUUAUACUGGCAUAUAGCUGGUUUAUAUGGACUGUACUUGUGUUUCGCUUCUGCGAAAUGGGUUUCCAUCUUGAAUUGUUUUAUCUUCUACCUCUUUGGCCAGUUAGGCAUCAUUGCAGGUGCGCACAGACUUUGGUGUCAUCGGUCAUACAAAACCAAAUUGCCAUUGGAAAUAAUCCUCAUCUUCUUUAAUUCAAUAGGAUUCCAAAAUACCGCAAUUGACUGGGUCAGAAAUCACAGACUCCAUCAUAAGUACAGUGAUACAGAUGCCGAUCCCCAUAAUGCAACUAGAGGUUUUUUCUUUUCCCAUUUGGGGUGGCUCAUAACGAAAAAACACCCUGCAGUAAAGAAAUUUGGGAAAACUAUUGAUUUGUCUGAUAUUUAUAAUAAUCCUGUGCUGACGUUCCAGAAAAAGUACGCGAUACCAGUCAUUGGCAUAUGUUGCUUCGUGCUUCCAACUGUGAUUCCCAUGUAUUUCUGGGGAGAAACAUUCAAUAAUGCCUGGCAUAUUAACAUCCUACGCUAUAUGUUGAACUUAAACGCAACUUUUCUAGUGAACAGUGCCGCCCACAAAUGGGGGUACAAACCUUACGACAAGAAUAUUCUUCCCACUGAAUGUCCUUCAGUAUCACUUGUGUCUUUGGGCGAGGGGUUCCAUAACUACCAUCACGUGUUUCCAUGGGAUUAUAAAUCAGAAGAAUUGGGAAAUAAUAUUUUAAAUUUCACAACUAAGUUCAUUGACUUCUUCGCAUUUAUCGGCUGGGCAUACGAUUUGAAAAGUGUACCGGACGACAUCCUUAAAAUUAGAGCUCUUAGAACUGGCGAUGGGACGGCUAUUUGGAGGAAGUCGUUGAGCAAUGGUGAUUAAAACUGGAAUAUUAAAGUUGACA